AUCUGACCUCAAGUAAAAUACUGUAUGUCUUGAUUUUCAGUCAACCGAACUUGAUUUUCUCUAAUGGAUCCAGCAGGUGUAUCUAAUGACGUGCCCGCUGUCGGCUGGCUCAUGACCAACAUGUACUAAUUGAUGCCGAGUUUGGACGAGUUGCCGACAUCCUGUGAGAAAGCGCGUGUGCAAGAGGGGGAGAGAGAGAGAGAGAAUUGGGUAGGUGGGCAUGGGGUCGACGCGGAGAGCGGUCAGUCCAUGCAUGCUUGCAUCCAGAGUGGGUGGCGUGAAGACUUGGAAACCUCCGCCGCUUGUGGGGAUGCUCGCUGCCUCCUAAAGCGAGAGGGAGCGAGCCGGAGAUGAUCCGGGCUGUGAGGAGCUUGUGGCGGUCAGGCGGCGGCGGCGGCAGCCAGCGCUCCAUCUGGUCUUCCACUCCUGAAGGACGAAUGACGGCGGUAGCUCAGCGGAUGAACUCAUCCCGCUGAAAGCUCUUCAGAGAGGGACGGGAGAUCCCCACCCUCACAACCCCCUCUCCCGGCAGCCUCCCACCCCCUCUGCACUUUCUCCAUGGCGUCUCCGCAACAGUCCAGGAUUCAGUCCUAUCUGGAGAGGAACAAAAUCGGACCCUUAUUCGAGGAGUUGAUGACAAAACUGAUAAGUGAGACCCCCGACCGUCCCAUUCCUUUCCUCAUCGACCACCUUCAGAGCAAACAGGACAGCCCCGGAAAGAUGCACCGCGCACUCUCCGGAUCGGCAGCGCUGUGGGCCCAAAGUUCCCCGGAAAGCAAAAACACUCGACGGGAGCUGCGCCACAAUGACAGACCGUGGCAAAUUCACCCCAGGAAACCCAAGAAGUCCAAAAGUGACCUGGCCGUAUCAAGCUUGUCGCCUCCCUCGCCGGAAUACAAGUUGUUGCCUCAGUGUCCGUCGUGGGACUGGCGGGACAGCCGCGAUUUGGACGAGCUCAACCACAUCCUGCUGGAGAGCAAGAAGCUGGGCCGGACCCUGGAUAGCCUUUCCCGCAGUAUCACCACAUCGGAUGACAUUGGUCAGAACUUGGGAGGCUUCAACUCGGUGCUACGUCCCCGCGUGGUGGGCGAGUGGAUUGGUCGGGCCGAGGAGGAUGCUGAUCUGUUGGCCGCCGAGAUGCUGCGGCCCCCGGUUCCACGUGUCAAAAACGACGUUUGCUGGAGUAGGGAUGGACUCCCCCUUGCCAGUCUUAAGACGGUGGCCAAAGGCAGCAAAGGACUGAUGGAGCAGCGGCAGCAUCAUAGGAAGUUGCUGGCCGCCAUGUUGUCACAGGAGUCCUUGAACCCGCUCCGCAGUCUCACGCCGUCCAUCGGCGACGACGAGAUGGAUGUCGACGACGACGAUGACGACGCCAUGGAACUUUUGGAGGACCUGGAUGAUCUGCGAAUGGAAGGUGUGAGCGGAUUGACUCCGUCUGGCUAUAAAUUCAGUCAGGGACGCAGCUCCUACCAUCCAGAACCUCAGGCCAAAGUUACACUCAACAUUUGCUCUCGAUGUGCCAGGUUGCAGGGCGACAGUCUGGCCGCCAGCAGAUCGCAGGAAGCCUUGCGCCCUCAUGCAUCCGAACAAGCCGUGCCUGAUAUCUCAUCCACGUUGCCUGGGGUGGACACUUUGGCGGCGGCGGCGGGGCGCUUGCAGGAAUGCGAGACUCCAUCUCGAGUGUCGAGCUCUCGUCAGCCUGUCUGGGAGUCUGAUCUCAAAGCUGGGAGGAGAGCUGGUCUGGUGCUGGGGGACCCCCUCUUCUCAAAGGAGCUGGAGAACAUGGGCAAGCAGCUCGCUGAGGUUGAGAAGGAUUUGGCCAAGUUGGCAGAAGUGGGCAAGAUGACUGUUCGAAGCAAUCCCCACGGCAGUCUCGUCCAUGGUCCGCUGGGCCACCGGAGCCUCCCUGAUACGCUGCCGCUCACCAGCCUUCUCUGCAGGCCCCGCUCGCCCAGCGGCGGCCUCUCGGGCAAAGCGUGCCCCGGGUCAUCGUCCCUGCGGCCGGGCGGUCGGGCUUUCAGCAACCCCGGCAGCAGGACCCACACGCCCGGAACGCCCGACAGCCUGCGCUCGGGAUUCAACACUCACAAGGAGGUGACGUUCAGGAGGUCCAGGAGUCGCCCGGUCACACCCACCAGGAAACCUGCGCACACCCGACCGUUGCUCACGCCGCCGGGGCUCAGCACCACCGACAGUCUUGGGGCCAGCCUGCGGGCGUAUCUGGCUGAGGAUGAGUUUUACCAGCAGUUGCAGGCCAUCCGGCAGCCUUGGCACAUCCCCAGCGACACGGACAGCGACAUCAUGGAGCCGCCCGAGCAGGACAAAAGUGCCAGCAAGCGAUCCGUCUUUUCAGGCCUAUGAAGAUGACGAAGAUCCUGUCCGACAAUGAUCCAAGCCGCGCCGGACAUUUUAAACAAAUUCCAGUUAUUUUUAUAAGUCCUAUGAAUGAGAUUGUAUAUCUUUCUUUUCCACCAAUAUUUCAUAGAAUGUUACUAUAUGAUAUUUUUUAAUUUUUGUUUGCUCUUUCGCAUGCUCCUGGACUCCCUGCAUGGGUGCAUUUUGUGAUUGGACAACCUCUUUCGAAAGGCAGUGCACAAGGGAUACCAUUUGUUGCAUGCCCAAGCAAGCUAAUGCCACUCCACGACAACAGGGGGAGCUCUAACUUUUUUUACAGUGAUAGAAACAUCAAUUUAAUAUGCUUACAUUCCACUCGGGAUGUUUGAUACCACUUUCUUUUUCCCUCACCUUGUCAAACUACUACACUGCAGUGCCAACUACUGGUGAGGAGGAUUUUUGGCUGAAGUAUUGGUGGUUGGUAUCGGUAUCUGUUACCAGGGUAAGGGACUAGUUAGUGCCGCGCUCAUUACCAUUAAUGUUUUCCACAAGCCAUUCAUUCACUCAAAAGAAAUCAAAAGUAAACAACAGCUUUAAAAAAAAAUCAACUAAUUAAACUGGAGCGCAAAAUCAAUCAAUCAAGAAAUUCUGCUACUUGGCUUAGCAUUAGCUUGUUUGCCCGCCUUCAAAUGAUCCCUUCAUGAUAUGGGCUCUGAAAGAGGUCUUGAGGCGGAAACUAAAGGAAUACUGGUAUGCUAAUAAAAUGAUUUGGUGCUCA